ACGUUAUGUUGUUCAUUUUAUGUGUUUGUGAAGACUUAGGAGCAUUCCGGAGUGUAAAUGAAGACCGAGAACACACAUGGUCAAUCCCAGGUCAAGAUAUAGUUGACCAGUCAAUCGUCAGUCAACCCGCACUCCCAGCCGGUUAUCUCUGGACCGGUACAGGAACUGACCAGCGAGCCAGCAAGCCAGGGAAUCAUGCCUCGCCGGAAAUCUAGCAGGAGAGUAGAGAACAAUAAUGUGGACGUCGUCCCCAGAUGCCGACCGCCGUACUCUGCACCACCAAUCACCACCACAUAUCUCUGUCCCUACCAAUCUGCCGGAGUUGUCGAUUCUUUCACAGCAGAGGACGAAUGAGAGAGAAUAAGAACGGACAAGAAGCUGCAGCCAAACUCCUGUCCAGUCCUCGCUGGCGUGCCUCGAUUCCGAGAAGAAAGAGCCGCUGCGUACGAAGGAGAAGAGAAAGGGUGCAGCCCUAAUCUAAUUUGAGGCGCAGAAAGACUAAAAUGCCCCCACCAGCCUUCUUUUAAUUUCCGGAAAAUGCCGCCCUUAUGAGUCAUUUGCCAAGUCCGAAUUUUAGACCAUAAAUACAAGCCUUGCUGGUCAGUUCAAGAGGGAGCCAUUAGAGAAGUCACAUUACAAUAGAUUUUACAUUUAUUAGCCUUUUUACAUUUCAUCUCUCCAGCAUUAGUGUAGAUUUGUAGAGAUUUUCUCUUCCAAGAUUCAAGCUUUCUACUUGCAUUUCAAUGUAUUGCUUCUCAUCUUUAUAUGGGGUAUUCUUUUACACUUAUUACUUUAUUUAAAUUUAAAGUUUAAGUCUUUAGUUUUAUUUACGCACUUUUAUGUUAAUGUUCUUAUUUUAUUUUCAAUGCAUGAGUAGUUAGAUGGGUUAGGGGGCUGUUUGGAGCAUAUUUAUGUGAUUGAAAUGUUGGAUGACUAGUAUUGAAUUUUAUUGCUUGAAAUGUGUUUGUCAAAAUGCCUCAAUGACUUUAAUUAAUACUCCUUCUGUCCCUUAAAGUUUGUCACACUUUCCCGAAACGGAUGUCCCAAAAUGUUUGUCCUACUUUGUUAACUUCAUUAUUUGGUAAAAAAAAUAUAUACCAAACAGUGCCAAACAAUGCAAAACAGUGUCAAACAAUGCCAAACAGUGUCGCUACAGUGUGAAACAGUGUCGCUGCAGUGUAAAGUCAAAUUCAUCUCCUUAAAACUUGUGAAGUCAAACUAUGACAAACUUUGAGGGCGGAGGGAUUACAAUUUUGAGAAAUCUUGUAUUUAAUUAUUUGGGAAUAUUUAGAUGAGAAUCAGAUAUUCAUUUGCCCCUUUCACACACACCUAGGCACGACCAUGAGAGUGUCGGGCUUAGGGGGCUUCUUUGCUUUGGAUCAUUUUCGUUGGCAUCAGUAGGCGGUUCUGGACCAUGAGAGUGGCCAAGAUUGUCUAUUGACCGAUCCUACGACCACGAGAGUGGCGGAGGAACCGUUGUGCACUCUCUUUCUUGUAAUAAAGUUCAAAUACUAUUUUGUCCAACCUUCAAUUGCAAUGUGAGUUCCAAACAUUACCUCGACACCUUUUGCAUCUUUAUUUCGUAGUUUAACUCAUUUAGCAUCUCCUCUUGAUCAUGUUUGCGUUAUAGUUUCGUUUGCUCCACUUUAGUGACACAUUUGCCUAUUCGAUCGUUGCACUCACUUACAUGACAUCCUUGUGGCUCGACAAACCCCAUCCCACUUACCAUUAUACACUUCACUUUUCUCCGCACUUUCAUUUACACUUCAUUUUCCUUCUUUUUGAUUGACUCGGGAUUCGCAGACAACGAUCUAUAUUUGUUACUUCAUCCGUCCCAUAAAAUAAGUCCCAUUUUCCUUUUUGGGUCGUCCCAAAAAAUUUGUUCUCAUUUCCCUUUUUGGAAAGUUUUGUGUGGCUAACAUUCAUUUACCUUCUUCUUACUCAACCACAACCAUACAUUUCCACUUUAUUCCCACUUUUGUAAACUCCGAUCCAAAUUGAAAUGGGACUUAUUUUAUGGGACGGAGGGAGUAGAUUAUAGGCGGGUCUUGAGGUCAUCAAUUGCAUAUUACUGUGAGGGCAUACUGCACCUUUUGAAUUAUUGACAUCCUCUAAUAAAUUCCAAUCGUAGAAACCCGAUUUCAAAGUUAUGUGAAUGAGCAGUUGAUAAUAAUUCAUUCAACCAAACUUCGCCUAAGAAAAAUAUUCUUCCACCGUGGUUGGGGAUUGGCUGGUGCAGGCGAAUAAGUAUGGGGGUGCGGCUGAAGAAGAGAAUGAGUGAAGGCAGGUUUCAACGGUUCGUUUGACCAAAAGUCUUCUUCUUAGCAAAACCACCAUCCUCUUCCACUGCGAUUGGGGGUUGGAUGGUGUAGGCAAACUGUUUCUGGGUGCGGCUGAAAAGAGAAGUGGAAAAGCUUACGGAUUGGAAGAAGGUGUGGUCUUGCGGCUGAACAAAAGGAAAAUGAAGCUUUUGGAAGAAGGUAGGUUUUGGAAAACAGGAUUCACGGAAGCAAGAUCAUUAUACAGUGAAAUUGAAGUUUUCAUGUUGAUUGUAUAUGAAAAUUGCAGAUUCGUGAGUAAAUUGUGCUCAGUUUAGUCUAGUUUGGAAUGUGGAAGAAACGGAUGGAGUAGAAUUGUGUUUGUGUGGAACCGUGCCAGUUUUUCGCACAGUUCUAGUGUAGGGUUCAGGGAAUUGCGAAAUAGUAAAGUGCACAAAAAUUUAACGAGGAAAAAUCCCUUGGCUCAAAGGGAUUAAAAAACCUCGACCUCCCUCGGAGGAAUUUUAAAUAACUUCACUAAAAAGCCUUUUGUGGUUACAAGGUAAAUUCUCCUAAUCUACCCUUGAGCCACCCCAACUCUAACCUCUCUAGGAAGAGUUAUGCAUCUCUACCUUGCGGGUAGAGAGCCUCUCAGCUUUAGAACAAAGCUCUCACACACACGACCCCAACCCGAGGAAGCUACACUUUAGUUUUUCCUCAAAAUUCAAUCACAAAAUCAAGAAGGGAGAUGAAACUCUAUCUAGAACUUCGUGCAUAGGUCCAGGUGACUUGGACUUGAUAUUCUUUGUAAGUGCUUCUCUUUGUACUUGCUCGUUCAAGCACACUCUUCUCUUAAUCUUCCGCCCUAUAUAUAUAGUUGUCUUAAGGCAGGCCGUUUGUGCAUCCUUCCUUGGAUAGUUGUCCUUCCAAUUUUGGGUCUUGUCUUGAUAUUUUGAAUUGCUUUCCUUUCAUGGCUUAGAUUAUUCUUGCAAAGAUAUGCUCUUAAAUAUUCACAUAAGUAAGGAAGAGUAUGGAAAAUAACCUUAUUUAAUAUAGCAUAUAUUAACUAUCACUAUGCACGGUCAAUCAUUCACUCAAGUAAUAGCACAUAUUCUUAACAUAUUGAACCAUGAAACAGACUCUCUCCUUCUUUAAAAAGAUCUUCGCACAGGUGUGUUUAAGGAAACAUUUUCUUAGCAUAUUCAAUUAAGCUACCACCCGCAAGAUUCUUGUAUAGUAAAGGUAAUGAUUCUUUCCAUAAGCACUUAAGCCAUAUUAGUUAACUCAUUUACGCGAGUGAUUAAAUACGCAUGGAAAGAGAUGUUUAUUAAGCCACGUAGUAUCAAUGAUAUUAGAGCAUAGGUUUAUCAUGUACGCAUUCAUCAUUCAUGCUAAUUAUUAUAUUCAUAAAACUAAAUAUAGUGUCUAUCCUUUGGAUAAAUGAGAGUUCUAUCCUAUGGUUCACCUGCAUGGUCAGAUAAUCAUAAACAUUUGUUUGGACCAUAGGAUAGUUCCAUUCCUUGUUCCUGUGAGAGGUUUAGUCAUCAACAAUGUAAGGAAUAUUUGUAAUUAGAUUUUGAUGAUGCUAUAUUAAUUAGGACUUUAGAGUACCCCUCUUUAGAUUUAAUGUAUUAGAAUUUUCCUUGUAAAGUUCUUUAGUAUAAUCGACUGGCAGAAGGCCUCCAGAGCAGAAGGCCUCCAGAGCAGAAGGCCUCCAGAACAGAAGAUCCCCUGACAGAGGACCCUUGAUAAGGCUUAGUUUUAAUAGAAGACCUUUGGUUCUCUGCUCCAGAACAGAAGACCUCAGGGUCUCUGUUAGCCUUUACUCUGACAGAAACCCUCCUGGUUCUCUACUGGAUAUUUCUUCAACAGAAACUCUCAACAGAAGUGCUCAAGGCCUUCUCUUAUCAACUCUCUGCUAAAGACACCAGAAGGCCUGACACUUAGAAGAAUCUCACCCAGUCGGUAAAUCAACUGAAAGAUUCCUUCAACGGCUAGGAGUCUUGAACGGAAAAGCUACAGUACGCGCAUUAAAUGCACAUUUAAUGCCUCUCGUACUCUGUAGAGUAAUUGCAGAUGAUUGGCCGCAAUGUCAGGAUAGCUUUAUCCCGAAAUAGUAACCCGCCAACUUUGCUGGGUCCUACUGGGCAAGUCAACUGCUCGCUCAUUUAAUGCAGUUGUCCUCCUUCUCCUCCAACGGGAAGACAACUUCAGUAUAAAAGAUACACUUCGAAGAACAACCAGAUAACUUUGCUACCACAGUGCGCAUACAAAAUAUUCAAACGCUAAAAACGCAAAAAGCCUCCUAGAGAUUAAAUCUUCAUUAUCUUCUACAAGAGAAGGCAGACGUUGGAAAGCUUCCUACUUCCAACUCAAGCAAAGUUCUCAUCGUUCUUCAAUUCUUCAAGCACUUCAUAUACAAACCUUUUGUAACGAAGCAAGUUGGAGGAACCCCUGUUUUUAACAGAAACUCUUCUUUCACAAGAAGGACGUCCAAGUACCUGGAGCAGUGAAGUGGUGAUACUUCCGGGAAAGCUCAGUGAAAGGACCAGUCUUAGAAAAGCCAGAAGUGCAUCCAAGGAGACAUCUACACUUGAAGAAGACGUGGAGAGCUUCUUAAGUGAUAGGGCUAAGGCAUUGUAAACGGUCGUUUUUACAAGCUUAGUGGAACAGUGGGCUAGAGGAACAAGUUAUUCCUUGAACCACUAUAAAAAGCCCUGGUGUCAUUUACUUACUGCAUUUUAUUUAUCGCUUUUAUUUGAACUGCUUAACUCCAAAGACUUGGUAUCUGUGUUCAGCAGAACUUGUCUUGUGAGUUAACAGAAGGCCUAUUGCCUUUGCUUCUCUGCGGCUAAACUAAUAGAACCCCCUACCAGAACCUCAUCCGCUGCCAGUCUGUUCUGCCAACAGAACAUGCUAUUCUGUUAAAUCUGAUACUUAGCUUGAAAAAGUUAAAAACCAAUACAAUCUAUUCACCCCCUCUAGAUUGUAUCCAGUACAACCGGGACCAACAAGUGGUAUCAGAGCCUCCUUGUUCUAAUAUUCUCUUAGGUUAUUUGCAGAACAAAGAUCCACUUGUUUUUCUGUUUUACCUCAUUUUUAAUCUGAUAUAAUGGAUUACUCCCUUUCCAAGAAUCUUAUUUUCUCAGAUCUCAAGUUUGAUGACUGGAGGAUCCGAAUGAAGGCACAUCUCUGUGCUCCGCAUGAUGAGAUGUGGGAAGUACUUGACAUUGGGCCCUUCACAAGCUUCCAGAAGGUCAACUCAGAGCAUGCUAUUGACAACACCAGACCUCAGAUGAUCAAUAAGGCCAAAUCUGAGUGGACUACUGAAGAAAGAAGGAAGUACAAUCUGGACAACAUUGCUAAAGACAUUCUUUACAAGUCCAUCGAUGAUAGGUACUUCAACAGGAUAAAGAAGUGCAAGACUGCCAAGGAAAUCUGGGAUAGUCUUGAGCUCAUUGGAGCUGGUGAUGAGCAGGAGAAGGACAACAAGCUGACAAUAGCCAACAAGAAGUUUGAUGACUUCAAGCUUCUCCCUGGUGAAAGCAUCUCCAAGAUGUAUGACAGACUCCUCACUCUCACUGGAGAGAUCUCUGAGCUUGGCAAGGAACUUACCACCAAGGAGAUCAACCUCAAGGUGUUGAGAGGAUUGCCCUCAGCAUGGAAGAUGAAGGUGGUUGUUGUCCAAGCCAGCAAGGAUGUGAAUACUUAUCCCACUGAUAAGUAGGCCUGGGACCGGUUCGGUUCUAGUUAUAAAUUAUUAGAACCGUUUUAAAAAAUGUAAUUUUUAAAAUCGGUUCGGUUCUAAUAAAAAAAAGCAGAACCGUUUUAAAACCGAACAAGGUUUAAACGGUUCGGUUCUGGACUUUUUUCGGUUCCUAAAAAUAGUGUAAUAUUUCUAAAAACGAACCCAAUUUAUUUUUUUUAAUGAAAAAAUUCUUUCAUCAAUAUCAAACUGUCCAGAACUGGUACAUCUAGGCA